AUGGAUUCCACUUACAAGACUGGUGAAAAGCGCUGUUGCCAACUUAUGAUUGCUAUUCUUAUGGCCGGUCAGCACACUGGUUCUACUACCACUACAUGGGCUCUCCUGUACAUUGCUAGCGAUCCGCAGCUGCAAAAAGCACUACUAGAAGAGCAAUUCAGAGUUCUGACUGGCAGGCCCGAUACUCCAACCUCUCAACUCCCACCACUAACUUCCGAUCAUAUCAAAAAUCUAAACCUUCUUGAAAUGACCAUCAAGGAAACGCUACGAUUACGACCUCCCAUCUACAUAAUAAUGAGAGCCAUCCUUCAAGAUCUUGAAUAUGAAGGAUACAUCAUUCCGAAGGGCCACAUCAUCUGUAGCUCUCCUGCCGUCUCUCGUCUCGACCCUGAAAAGUAUCCAGACCCACUGAGAUUUGAUCCUACUAGACUUUUGGAGGCUGCACCAUCUGGCGAAUGGAAGCUCACAAACUUUGAUAUUGCAGAGAAAAGUGCUUGCAGUCAUUAUCUACCUUUUGGCGCAGGUCGUCAUCGAUGCUUUGGUGAGGGAUUUGCCUACAUGCAAAAAUAA